AUGCCUCCAAGAACGUAUCCAAGUGGAGCAAAAAAGAGGCAAAAAAAACAGAAAGACGAAGCAUAUUUGAGAUCAGUGCAAGGUUCCAUUCACAAGUUUCUUAUCAAACCUUCAACUGGAAACCCUACUGAAUCUGUGAGAAUUGAUGAUGAGUUUGAUGAUCUAAUGGGAGAUGAGAAUAAACAAGAUGCUGAGAAUGUUAAUAGAGAAGAUGAGAAUAUUGACAUAGAAGAGGAUGAAGAUCCCGGUGAAGAAGAGAAUGAAGAUGUGAAUGAUCACGAGAAUAUGAAUUUAGAUUCAGAGAAUGCUGAAUUUGCAGAGAAUCAAAGGAUUUUAGAUAUUUAUGAUCCUGGAAACUGGGGAAAAAUUGAGUCUGGAUUCAGAAUUGUCAUGGUUGAAAAAAAUCCUGCUGCAAGACAACCAAUUGAUUUUAUUUUUCCAAAGCAGAAGGCUAGUGGUCGACAUUUCUCUCAUUCGUACUAUAUAAAAACUUUGAAUAAUGGGAAAAAGCAGGACAGGCGUUGGCUCGUUUAUCAAAAACCUUAG